AGGUGAAGUCAAUACAGGUAGACAUUUCCAGCUACCUAAAGUUCCCCCGACUUCCCACUGGCAUUCAGUCUACCAGCAUCAUCACUACCCGCUCUACCCUUCAUGGCCGGGCAAGUUUUCUAAUCCCAGGCAAGCCCAGUUGUCACCAACAGACCAGAAAUCACAGCUGAAACAGUCAAACCCACAACAACAACAACAACAACAACGCCUGGAACAACAGAGAGUACAAAAUUUCAACAUCCCAAUUAUCACCACCCAUCACAAAAUAAUCAUCGGAAUCACCAUGUGGACGGCCGGACUCAAACCAUGGAUCAGGUCCUCCUGUUAAAACUGAAGAACAGAUACAGACAGGCACAGCUUGAUCGCAUCACACAACUGGGAAGACUGGCUACACCUAAACCUCGUACAGGCUACAACAAUCCUCCAAUGGGACCCAAACCCAACCCACCGCUACCCACUGGUUCCUACGGUUUUAACCCAGAACCUUCAACUUUGCCAGAGUCUGGUUUUGUUACAACACCUCGCCCCUACCAACCCACAAACCCAGGAGUGCUGCAGGGCGGUUGGUGGCCUGUUGGAGGACGAAUCAGCUCUCGGCGAGUCACACCUGCCCCAUCUUUUCCAUGGAUGUUGGGAAAAGGAAACGGAGGAACAAAGCCUCAUAUCACCACUGUAACCACAGCCAGUGUGUCAGUGCUUGCUGAGAGUGAUGUUUUUCUGCCCUGCAAAGCAACAGGGAACCCAGAACCUUCUAUUUCAUGGACCAAAGUCUCUACAGGUGCCACUAUUCCAGCAAAUACUAAACAUGGUCUCCGUUUCGAAGUUUUCAAGAAUGGAACUUUUCUGAUCAAAAACAUCCAGCUGCAGGAUCGCGGCCAGUACCUGUGCACAGCUCAGAACCGCUUUGGAUCAGAUCGCAUGGUCAUCACCUUAGCUGUCCAGACUGAGGCGCCCAAGAUCAAACCACCAAAGUCUACAGAGAUAGCAGCCUACCUGGGGAAGGGCUUUUCUCUGGACUGUCUGGCUUCUGGGAAACCACCAGCACAAAUCUCCUGGAUUCUUCCGGACAAGACGUUUGUCCGUGACAUGGGGACUGUCCACACUCGUCUUUCUCCGAUGUCUCUGCUUCAGAAUGGAACCUUGCAAAUCAUUUCUGCCAAUUUUUCCAACAAAGGGGAUUAUAAAUGCAUAGCGAGUAAUGCAGCAGGUGCUGAUACCAUCACCUACCAUUUACACGUGGCUGCCCUACCUCCGAGCAUCAGUGAAGACGCAGUUGAUCAAGUCAUCGCCCCUCCAGGCAGAAACGUUCAUCUCCACUGUUCUGCGAAAGGCGAACCGAUGCCAACUCUGAAGUGGAUGCUCCCGUCAGGGGUCAGCGUUAAACCGUCACAGUAUCUCGGAUUAAGACUUUUUGUCUUUCCUAAUGGGACUUUGUUUUUGAAGAAUGUUUCACCGUCUGACGGAGGAAGGUACGACUGUACUGCCAGUAACACUGUUGGAGUGGCCAAAAGGUCGGUGCAGUUGGAAGUGAGGGCAGAUCCUCCAUCAUUUUUUCAUCCUCCUCCUCCACCCGCUCCAGCUCCUCCUCCUCCUCCUCCUCCACCCGCCCCCCCUCUUGUCAUCCCUCCUACCAAUCGACAGGCUACGCCCUCUCGCCGCCACACUGUCUCUGCUAUGUAUGGUUCUGCCGUCUACCUCCAUUGUCCAGAGUCUACCGCCUCCACUAGGGGGACUAUUUGGCAGCUACCCUCAAAGAACAUUGUGGAAUAUAGAUACAGUCCAGAGACACCAAUUAAAGUUUUCCGUAAUGGGACUCUGAGGAUUCUGCAGCUAACAGAAAAGGACGGUGGGAAUUAUUUGUGUGUCUUUCAGCGGCCUAAUGGCGAGGACAUGGAGUUGUUUCAGGUGGACGUAGUGAUGACUGCUCCUAAAAUCGAGCAUGUGAGAAGUGCACAGAGCAGAGUCACUUUUGGAGACAAUUUCCAGGUGGACUGUGUGGCCUCGGGUCUCCCUGACCCAGAGGUGUCCUGGGGUCUUCCAGAUGGAACUCUCAUCAACAAUGCUCUUCAGUCAGAUGACAGCGGUCAUCGGAAUCGCCGCUACGUUAUGUUUGGCAAUGGAACUUUACUUCUGCAGCGAAUGGACAAAAAUGACGAGGGAGACUAUACUUGCUACGCCAAGAACAAACUGGGAAAAGAUGAGAGGAAGGUCAGCGUUAAGGUCGGACCAAAUGCUCCAAAGAUUCAUUUGAAAUCACCGUCGCUGGUGACGGUAAAGUUGGGGGAAUCUGCUAGAAUGAGUUGUCAAGCAACAGGGGAACCUUUGCCAAGAAUCAUGUGGAUCUCACCACAAAACACGGUGAUGUCCACCUCAUCAGACCAGGUUCACGUCAUGGAGAAUGGAACUCUGGUGUUAAACAGGGUACGGCUGGCUCACGAAGGGAAGUACGCGUGUGUAGCACGGAAUUCUGCAGGUGAUGAUGUCAAAAACAUGAGACUUGAAGUGGAGCCGCGGGAGCCGUUCAUCAACGCCGUCAAAGGGAAGAGUACCACCAAUGUUAUGGGGGUCUUCUAUCAAACUGUGCUUCUGAAUUGCAAAGCAGAAGGUAAACCUGAACCAAGGGUCUGGUGGAUUACUCCGUACGGCCAAACGCUCACCACACCGUACCGUGGAGGGCGAUUUCGAGUACACCAGAAUGGGAGCCUGGAGCUGAGAGGGAUGAGAAGAACAGAUGAAGGGAGAUACAUGUGUGUCGCCAAAAACCAACUGGGUGAAGCGUCGCUGCUGGUCGAACUGGAAGUGGCCUCGCUGGCAGAGAAGCCCAGCUUCGCUGUUCCAAAUAUAGAAAUCCUGCCAAUCAGACAUGACGGUGGAGACCUGCUCCUGGAGUGUCCUGCCCGUGGAAAGCCAAUCCCAGAGUUUGCAUGGGUACUGCCCAACGGGACGUUGUUAACGCCUGGCGUUAGACUCCACCGCUUCACCCAUUAUUCCAGUAACGGAACGCUACGGAUCACUCGACCAGAGGCAGCCGAUAAGGGCGUGUACCGAUGCCUGGCCAAAAAUGUGGCCGGACAAGCAGAGAAACGAUAUUCACUGGAAGCCGGCAGACGACCAAUGAUCAGAGGAUCAACAGGAGGGAUGAAGAUCACGUACGGCCUCAACCUCAAUUUGCCCUGUGUUGUCGAUGGCUGGCCACGGGCUUCAAUCACCUGGACUCUGCCCAACGGUCUUGUUUUGGACAAGCCUCAAGCCAUCGGCCGGGUGUCUUUUCUGACCAACGGGACGCUCCAGCUAAGGCAGGUGGCAACCUUCGACAAGGGAACCUACAUCUGUAAAGCUCUCAACUCCUUCGGCUCUUCGACGCUGUCCUACCCGGUUGAAGUGAUGGUUUUCCCGCCGCGGAUCAUCAGCACGAUGAGCGCCAUUACGAGAGUGAACCGGGGAUCACCGGUGACACUGAAGUGCGUCGCUACCGGUAUUCCCAAGCCAGAUAUUUCGUGGACAUUGCCCGGACGCACGACGCUGGUUCCGCAUCACUGGUUCACGGUGCAGGGAGGGAUCCACAUGACGGAAGAGAGCGGUCUGGUGAUCCAGAACCCUGUGCUGACAAACUCUGGCAUUUACAAAUGCAACGCAAAAAAUGCACUCGGCACAGACUUCAAAUCUACGUAUUUACAAGUAGUCUGAGUGACGACUGGGGGUUUCUUCUGUGACGGAACGAUUACCACAGAUACAAGACUGUACGACUGUAUUUUUCCAACCGGGAUCAUAAUAAAAAAAUUGUACCUAACACUUUGGAAGAAGACUUCACACUGCCCUGCACUAAAGGUGGUCCAAAAUGACCUUUGGAGCAGAUGGUGCAGUGACUUUGACGUCAUCGUGGGCACAGAUCGUGUGUCGCUCUCUGCUUCAGUGCGCGGUGGAAACACGAUAUUAAGAAUUCAUUAUAAUUAACACCAAGUACCUUCAAUGCUGAAUUGUGUGACAUCUCCGGGGGGGUUGGAGGAUGAAGAGGAGGGGCGGGGUUUGUGACGAUACCGAAGCUCUAAACAAUGUCCAAAAUGGAAGAUUUUAUAACUUAUUAUCUGUGAUAUAAUAUUCAUUCUAAACCUGUGUGACCUCCCGUCUCACAUUGAAUUUAACCAGAGACAUGGCUCGCGGUCCAUGUAACUGUAUAUCAGUGGAGACGAUGUUUAAUUUCGUAUCCUACAAUGAAUUCACCGCAGACAUAAUCUGUACUUUACAAACCCGUGGAACCACAGGUUUGGUCGGUGUGGAUUGAUUGGAGUGACACGUCCUUCUGUGGAAUAAACUGGAAUCUUUUGCGAGGUUGAACCAGUAGUUCUUUAUCUUAGUAUCUAUGUUGGUGUCGCGUUAACGUCCUGAGGUUUGACCCUGUAUAACCAAACAACGUACUUUACU